UCAUAUGCGGGAAAUGCACCAUACAGCAAUCUACUGCAGCACUGCAUUACAUCUCCAACAUCUCAUUGUACUGCUGCACUUCAGAAACACUGCAUUUUUUGUCUCAUGAAGAAUAAAGAUAUUGUAGUCCAGUCCGCUGGUCUGAAUAAAGAAUAAAGAUAUUGUAGUCCGCUGGUCUGAAUAAAGAAUAAAGAUAUUGUAGCCCAGUCCGCUGGUCUGAAUAAAGAAUAAAGAUAUUGUAGUCCGCUGGUCUGAAUAAAGAAUAAAGAUAUUGUAGCCCAGUCCGCUGGUCUGAAUAAAGAAUAAAGAUAUUGUAGUCGGCUGGUCUGCUCUGUUUCGGAACUGCAGUUAAUCUUUGUGGGUCACACUGGACAAGUUGGUCCAAGUUGGACACCGUUGUCCACCCACUCUCAGACAUCACACACACACACACAACUCUUCUGUGUAACGUUUCUAAUGUAGUCUAAACAAUGGCUCGCGCAGCUGCACAUAGCGCGGAACGGGGAAAUCCCUCGGGCCCCGGUGUAGCGGCCAGUUCCGCCAGCGCGAGGCUGCAGUCAGCUGGAGUCGCGUGAGAGCUGCUGUUAAUUGAGAGGGGCUGGCAGUGGUCUCGCGCAGCUCCGAGGUCUGUUUGUCAGAGGAAGCUUUGUGUGCGCGACAGGCAGGGAUGCCUGGUUUCCGGUAACAAAGUCGGGACGGCUCGCCUCCGGGAGUCGUGGAAAACUACAGCGCGCGUAGACUUUCACACUGCUGUCUUCAGUGCAACCGGACCGAGCAGAGGAGAAUGGCUAGGCGGUCUCGCGGGAGCGAACAGCUGCGAGCAACCUUGUUCACGGAACCGGGCUGCCUUCACGCUCACAUCUGAACACGAUGACUUGGAGUUGAGCAGAAGUUGUGUUGCGCGUGCAGUUUUGUGCUCUGUGCUGAGAGCUCGAGACAGUCGCUCGAGAUAUGGCUUUGUCUUUGAGGAGUUGGGUCGCCAACGAAGGAAGCAAGAACAUUCUGUUGGUAGUGUGGCUGACUGUGAAUGCUGUUGUGUUCUGGAGAACCUUCGCACUCUACUCCUACGGGCCUCAGUACCAUUAUCUACAUCAGAUUCUAGGGAUGGGCCUGUGUGUGAGUCGAGCGUCGGCCUCUCUGCUGAAUCUGAACUGUUGUCUGGUGCUUCUGCCCAUGUGCCGAUCCCUCCUGACCCACCUUAGGGGCACACACAAGGUUUGGGCACGUAGUGGGCGGAGGCUUCUGGACCAGAGUAGGAGUUUCCACUCGGCCUGCGGCACAGCAAUCUGUGUGUUCUCAGUGAUCCAUGUAUCAGCACAUCUGGUGAAUGCUGUAAGUUUCUCUGUGAAGUUCUCUGAUGAAUUCCCCUCUCUCAAUAUGGCACAAUACAGAGGCCAGGAUCCCAGAAUUAUCAUACUAACAACAGUUCCAGGGGUCACAGGGGUGUUGAUGGUUGUCAUCCUCUUCCUGAUGUUCACUGCAUCCACACACUGCAUCAGGAUGAGCAGUUAUGAAGUAUUCUGGUACACACACAACCUCUUCAUUCUCUUCUACGUUAUACUCAUGGUGCAUGCGGUCGGGGGCGCUUUGAAGCACCAGACCAACCUGGACACACACACACCAGGAUGCAUGCCAACCAACCACAGCAGUGCGCAAGAUACCUCAACCAAUCAGGAGAGGGAACUGGAGGAUUGGCAACAAAGGGAACCAAUCUGCAGAGAGGAGGCCCAAUUUCAGUCUCACUUUCCAGAGACAUGGCUGUGGGUCCUGGUUCCUCUCUGUGUGUACUGUACAGAGCGAGUGUGUCGCUACAUCAGAAGCCGCACGCCUGUCACCAUAGUUACUGUUCUCAGUCAUCCCUGUGAUGUCAUCGAAGUCCGUAUGCUGAAGGACGGCUUCAAGGCCAAACCAGGCCAGUACGUCCUGUUGAACUGUCCCAGUGUGUCGUCAUUUGAAAACCAUCCCUUUACUCUCACAAUGUGUCCAACAGAGAAGAAAAGGACUUUUGGAAUCCAUCUGCGUGUUGUAGGAGACUGGACAGAGCGCUUCUCCCAGCUGCUUUUCCCUGAGGUCUCGUCUGGUGACCACAUCCUUCCCAUGAUGCAACAGAGGAACUUUCCCAAGGUGUGUGUAGACGGUCCAUUCGGCAGCCCCUCGGAGGAAGUGUUUGGCUAUGAGCAGAGUGUGUGUGUGGCGGGAGGGAUCGGAGUCACACCCUUUGCCAGCGUGCUCCAUGCGCUCCUUGAAGGCUGGAGUCAGUACAAACUGAGGAGGCUGUACAUUGUGUGGGUGUGUAGGGAGCUGCAGUCAUUCUACUGGUUUGCAGAUCUGUUGUGUUCUCUACAUCACAAGCUUUGGCAGGAGAAUUGCCCUGAUUACCUGAACAUCAGACUCUACCUCAGCAACACGUCAGAUUUACAGCAUCUAUGUGAGGAGCGGUACCAAGCCCUCAGGUCUCGGCUGGUGAUUGGCCGUCCAAAGUGGAAGCUGUUGUUUGACGAGAUCGGCAGAACCAAUCAGAAUAAGCGUGUGGGGGUGUUCUGCUGUGGACCACGGGGGAUGUCACAAGCCUUACACACACUCUGCAACUCCAAUCAACACACACACACCACCUUCGAGUUCAACACAGAGACCUUCUGCUGACACACACAGCACCAACCCCCCCCCCCAACACACACACACAGUGUUCCCCUCAGGACCUGUGUGUGUGUGGAUUGCGUGCUUGUACAAAAUAUAUUUGUAUCUGUGAGUAUUUUAAAUAAUUAAACAGGAUUUUU